AUGACUAGAACUCAUAGCAUCAUGGUUGUUAGCGCAGAUGGUCAACUUCGAGGUACUUGUUACACUCCCGAAUCAGCUAUUAACCCACUUCGGCUAACCGCCGUUGAUCGAAAACGAAGUCGUGGACGAAGCUCUCAGGACUUAAGUAGGGAUUCAGGACGAAGCAGCAAUCGUCUGAACCGUCCAAUCAAACGUGAUCGGCGUAAUGCGGUGGAAUUCUCCGAAAAUUCGGACCUUGAAAUCGCGUCCUCUGUUCGAGAAACUCGCGCUGCCGAUGCUGAUCUAUUGGGCGAACGGAUUCAACAACAGAAAAUUGCUUCAUGUGACCGACCGCUGGAAAAUCUUGGAGUCCCUAUUUGUUUGCAUAUUCCUUGUAAAAUCGAUCGUCUCGGACGUGGCGAUGCAGUUCGAAUUAUCUUCCGCGGGUGGGUGUGGGCCGACACUCUCUUCCGCCAUAAAUUCUCCGACAUAGCCCUCGUUACCACGGCAACCGCUCAAAUUCCCACUCACGCAUUUGGAAUCCCUGUGUCUGGCAAUCUCACCGUAGCUACCCUUAUAGUCUCCCAAAAUUUCGUAUUUGAGGGCAUCAAAAUGAUCAUCACUCAAACUAUCCCUAUCAUCCCUGUUAUUAUUGGUGUGGUCCUAGGUAUUUUAUUGCUUAUAAUAAUCAUUAUUAUCAUGUGGCGGUGCGGAUUUUUCAAGCGCAAGAGACUGGCAGACGAUGCCGCGGUGGCAAGUGCAAUAGCAAAUGGUGAAAAUGGACACAAACCCGUUUGA